CAGCAGCGGGAGCCAGCCCUAGAGCUCGGGGGGCGCAGUAGCGGGCUUUCUUCGGUUCCUCUCCUCCGCCUAUCUUCGAUCCUUCCUGUUCCUGGUUUCACUUUUUUUACAGUGUUCUCUUUUCAGUAGACAGGAUAACAUACUGUUGUCAUUUCCCCAUAUUAUUUUACUUUCCCUCUCUCUCUCCCUCUGUUAACCUAAAAAUUGGGGAAAAUCCCAAUUUCAUCUCACAUCUAUGAACCCGGCCCUUUCUCUCUCUCAUUUAUCCGUGCUUGCUCUGCUCUGCUUUGCUUUGCUAAGCUUUGCCUGUCUUCGCCGACAACCGCCAAAUCCCUCUGCAAUUCAAAGCCCUCCGUCUCUCUAUCUAGCUGCCCAUCUGCUUCCUCAUCUCUUUGUUUAAAUUUUUCCCAACCCUCUCCUCCAGUUACAGUCCGUUAUUCCUGUCUCCUUACCUCAUCAGGGAAUACUUAAAAAAAACUAACAAUCACUGUGGAGUUCGCUUAGUUGAAUGACGUUUUGGCUACUUAUUGGAUUCAGAGGGGAUGAGCCUGCCAUUUGUUGGAGCUGUAUGUGUCUAUUGAGUGUGGCGUGUACCUUGCCUUAAGCUUUUAGCAGCAGAGGUCAUUCAAUUUUCAUCUCGGUAUUUAAACAUUAUUCUCAAAUGUCAGAAGUUGACAUGGCAGUCAUCAAACCAGAGAUGAUGAAGUCAUAUAUUUGGCUUCAAACUGCUGAUGGUUCGAUUCAACAAGUGGAACAAGAGGUUGCCAUGUUUUGUCCCAUGAUAUGCCACGAAAUAAUACAGAAGGGCAUGGGAUCAUCGAAGAACUAUGCCAUAUCUCUUCCACAACGCGUCAGUCCUGCCAUGUUGAGUCUGAUUCUUGACUACUGUAGGUUUCAUCAAGUACCGGGUCGCUCCAAUAAGGAACGGAAAAGUUUUGAUGAAAAGUUCAUUCGAAUGGAUACAAAAAGGCUUUGUGAGUUGACAUCAGCUGCUGAUAGCCUCCAGCUUAAGCCUUUGGUUGAUCUAACUAGCCGAGCCUUGGCACGGAUUAUUGAAGGGAAAACCCCCGAGGAGAUACGCGAGAUAUUUCAUUUGCCAGAUGAUCUGACCGAGGAAGAGAAGUUGGAGCCUUUGAAAAACACAACUGAUGAUCCCCGGAUUCGACUUUUGAAUAGAUUGUAUGCAAAGAAGAGGAAAGAGCUAAAAGAAAGGCAGAAACAAAAGAACAUCGAGGUGGAAGAAGAGCGUGUAGAUGAGCGAUCAGUUGAUGACCUCUUGUCAUUUAUUAAUGGAGAAAACGCAGAUUCCAAAGGAGUUGCAACUUCAAAAAACAAAAAGAAAAAUCGCCGGAGAAAGGAUCCUCAAAAGAGCACUUCCAUUGACCAUGCUAGGGGUGAUAAUGAAUCACAUUCUACACUGAGCGAAACAUCGAAAUUGCAAGAUGUAGAAGAUGACAUUUUUUAUCAUAAAGUGGAGCUUGACGAUGUUGAUAUUGAUGAUGAGAUUGAUCCCGCAUUAAAGGAGGAAAUUGAUAGGGAGGUGGAAGAUUUUGCGAGGAGAUUGAAUUCAGACUGGCCUGAAAGGAUGCAGGAGCUUCUGUCUUUGGGUCAAGAGAAGAGCCCUGUUCACUUUUCCAUUAAUGGCAAUGGUAGCUUGAGAAAACACCAAAGUAUGUGCUCUGUAUCUCUUUUGCACUUGUCAGAUGAAUUUAUUCCUUCUUUUUUACCGUUUUGAAACCCGUCUAGGAGAUCGAUGGUUGAGAAGUGAAGUAACUGAAAGUAUGUUAUUGGGUGGGGAUGAGCAGAUGAAGAGCAAAAAUGAGAUUCAAUGGUAACUGCUGCUGCUAUUGCUUCCUCCUCAGUCGGGCAAAUGACUGGACCAAUUUUGACGAAAGAAAGACGGUGCGGGCUAGAUGUCGUACCCAAUGGUGCCGAGUGCCGAGAGGAGCUGGUUGUUUGUCAUAUCUUAAUGUGGGCUGAAGCUGGAUAGGGAUCCCUGUGCAAGCAAAUUCCUGAGAGAAUCAAAAUUUCAGGUUGUGAUGAUUUUUUUAUUCUUUUUUUUUAAUUUCUCUGGUGAAGGAAAGAUGAACCAGAGGAUGAUGGGGAAAGAAAAGAAGAAUGUGCUUAAUUUUUGACCGUUGAGGCAGAUUUAAAGAAAGAAAAAAAACUACUUGUACUUCUCACAGGGAGCAAUAAAAGCUUGAGAGAUAAGAUGAUGAUUGAUCAGGUUUCUUUGGUUCAGCCCAAGCAGCCGGCUUUGUUAAGAAAAACAAUUUUCAGGUGACUUCGUACAGUAAAAGGGUAGAUAGAUUAGACCCUCUUUCUUGUCCUUUGUUUUUCUUCCUCUCAUUGAAAAUUUUUAGGGGGGGAUUUUAUUGUAAUCUGAGAUUUCGGUUGUAGGUUUGGUGUUGCCC